AUGACUAGUACUAACGAGGAUAUAAUAUCUUCUUUGUAUCCACCACCACCUCCGUACUUUAAAUAUUUCACGGAACAAAAUUUAAAUAACUUGGAAAUAUGGAAGAACAAGGCCCAAGAUGAAAUGCAAAUAGAUAAGACGGACCUAGAACAGGUGAAAGAAGACCAAGAUAUUAAACCACCAGGUGAAUUGAAGUUCUUAGUUCCUCCUAAGCAGCCGGAUGCAGAUCAUUAUAGGGGAUUUGGUAAUUUAUGGUCGUUUGAAGAUAAAUUACCAGGCUUAAAAGAACUGGGAUGGACUCAACUAUACAAGGAUGACGAUGAAUUGAUAACUUCAAACACUAAGAUAGACGAAUUACACAAACUAAUGGAUUCAUUAUUACUUAACUUUUUGGAAUUAAUUGGCGUAGUGUCUAUCGAUCCUCAACAAUUUCACUAUAAAAUUGAAGAUUUGAAGUUGAUUUUAAUAAACAUAAAUCAUAUUUUAAAUACAUAUAGACCUCAUCAAUCCAGAGAGAGUCUAAUUAUGCUACUAAGGAAGCAAAUUGACAUGAAACGAAACGAAAUCAGCGAAAUUGAUAAAACUAGUGAGGAUAUUAAAUCGAAGAUCUUGAAACUAGUAGAUACGAGCUAUAUUGGCGACCAAGAGGAUGCUAAAUGCGAUAAUGAUUCGACCGAAGAUGAAGAGAGUAUCAAAAAUAACAUAAUACAAAAGCUAUUGAAUCAGAAUGUAUAG